AUGCAUAUCAUACAAAUUGCAAUGACCUGGCUUGUUUUCAACACUAUACCAAGCAUCAAAGGCUAUGGCUACAGUAAGAAAGAGCAACAUUUGUGGCCAAAGAAAGAGAAACUUUGCGCGGGGAAGCUGCAAUCGCCAGUAGCUAUAUCGACGUCCAAAGCGGUUCCUCUGUCUCUUCCGGCGCUCGAAAUGAUCGGUUACCAUGACUUCCUCCCGACACCGCAGAUACUGGAGAAUACUGGACACACCGGCAAUUGCUCUCUCUCUCUCUUUAUAGUCAAGCUGAUCGUGAACAAGACCGCAAAACGAUUGCCGUACAUAUUCGGUGCCGUGUUGAAGGAAAAUCAACGGUACGAGAUAGAACAAUUGCACUUUCACUGGGGCACGAAAAAUAACAGGGGUGCCGAACACGUUUUGAACGGUAUAAGAUACCCAAUGGAAGUACAUAUUGUACAUCGCAACAUGGCAUAUUCGAACUUCUCCGACGCGUUAUGGCACGAAGACGGUGUGGUCGUAGUAGCUGCUUUCUUCCAGGUAAUUCAACAAUUCCUAAGUUUGAAAUCGCGUUGUCAAAUAUUGCAAGAUGAAAAUAACGAGUUUCUACAGUCUUUCGUGAAAAAAUUAGCGGACGUGCAAUGGGCGUAUACAGAAGUGUCGAUUAAUAUAAAUGUAACUCUGACAUCUCUGAUACCUUCGAACACCGACAUUUUUUACACGUACAAAGGAUCGCUCACGACCCCGCCUUGCAGCGAAGCGGUCACUUGGAUAAUAUUCGCCAAUCCGGUCCCAAUAUCUUUUCGCCAAGUACGUCAGUUGUGAAGUUUUUACGAAUUAUUUUUGUAACAAUUACAGAAAAACGAUCUUUUAUUAAUAAAUCAGAAUAUUUGU